CAGCAUGGACGUGUCGCAGCAGCAGCAGCAGCAGCAACAGCAACUGGAGCAACAGCAGCAGUAAUCUCCUCCUUUUUCCAACUGGCCAACGGACCGCCAACCAGCAGCAAGGGAUCACACUGCCAAAUCUUCAGAAUCCUUUCAUUUUUUUUGCAUUUUUUUUUUGGUUUGCUGGAGGGCGUGCGAAAAGCCAAAAAAAAAAAACAAACAAAAAAGUGGGCUUAAAGUUUUGAGUGAAGUAUAAAAAGAUAAAAAACUAAAAAAAAGCUAAAAACUUAAAAAAAAAAUAAACCAAAAAUAAAUCAAGAGAUACAGAGUGUCGAACAGUGCGUGAGUUGCAGUUACAGUUUUCAGUUUUCCGCUGGGAAAAGGGAUUAAAAGGCGAAUAAAAAACUUUUUGGCGCACAAAAGUAGGCAACAGCAACGCCAACUUUCUGGAUCGACACAGACAGCCAAUUAAAGUUGCCACAGCAGCUGCAACGCGUAGACAUCACAGAAUCACUGCCCCAAAAGAAGAACUAAGACUUUAGCCAGUAGAAGUGGAAGAAGCACUGCCAUUGAAACAGCUACUGCCAGCAACAACAAUAAAACAAUACAAGGAACUGCAACAACAACGUGUUGCUGCCGCAAAACGCAGCAGCCGCAACGAGAGCGUCAUCUCUGCCCUUCGCACGCCUCUGCGGGCGGCCUCAAAAAUAAAAGAGAACUCAAGAUGCAGAACGCCAGGAUUGCCAGGAUCGCAACCAACUCUGCCCGGGCUUGUCACCGGCAACGAUUCUACGAACCCAAUGCCGAAGUACGCUGGCAGCACUCCGAGCACUAAACCGGCUGAGUGGAGCCACUAGCACCCCGGAUCCGAACAGCGGCGGCACAAGCGGAGGAACUAUGAUAACAAGGCUCUACAACACCGAAGAGGAUCCCGCCUACUGCUCGUUCAUCUGGGGCUCCAAUCUCACCAGCAGCGCAGAUGUCCUGGCCGCCAAUGCCACGUCCGUCUUUAGCAGCGACCUAAGGGACGACUUCUAUCGGGAUGUGGAGGAUCCGCGGACGGAAUCGUUGAGGGAGUACUGCUAUGGCCUGGUGCUGCCCAUCAUCUGCGCCAUGGGCAUCAUAGGCAAUGUGCUCAACCUGAUUGUGCUCACCAGGCGCAACAUGCGUGGCACCGCCUACAUCUACAUGAGGGCCUACUCCACUGCCGCCCUGUUGGCCAUUGUGUUCGCCAUCCCCUUCGGCAUCCGCAUGCUGGUGCACAAGGAUCGAGGACAGUGGGAGGAGUUCGGCCCCGCCUUCUACACCGCCCACUUGGAGCUUUAUUUGGGCAACGGCUGUUUGGGCGUUGGCGUAAUGAUGUUACUAGUGCUGACCAUCGAACGUUACGUGUCCGUCUGCCAUCCCGGCUUCGCUCGACCAGUGAUGGGACCACCGGGCGUGGUGGUCUUCCUCACCUGCCUGGCCACGGUGAUCGUCUACCUGCCGAGCAUCUUUCGCGGCGAGCUGAUCAAAUGCAUCUUCGGCUCCAGCGACGUCUACGUGUACUUGCGGCGCGACAACACGAUCUACCAGCAGACGAUCUUCUAUCGCGUCUACAAGAUCAUGCUCGAGGUGAUCUUCAAGCUGGUGCCCACCCUGGUGAUCGGCGGCCUCAACUUGCGCAUCAUGAUGGUCUACCGGCGGACCUGCGAGCGCCGCCGUCAGAUGGUCCUCAGUCGUCCACAUGCCCAUGGUCAUGGUCAUGGUCAUGGCCAUGGACAUGGACAUGGACACGGACACGGGCAUGGACAUGGAUAUAUGAAGGACGACGAUCCGAGGAAGUUCGCCGAGGAGCGGCGAUUGUUCCUGCUGCUCGGCAGUACCUCGAUCCUGUUCCUUGUGUGCGUCUCGCCGAUGGCCAUACUCCACAUGACGAUCGCCUCGGAGGUCUACCCGAGCUUCCCCUUCCAGGUGUUCCGGGCCAGCGCCAAUCUGCUGGAGCUGAUCAACUACUCGCUGACCUUCUACAUCUACUGUCUGUUCAGCGAGGACUUCCGCAACACCCUGGUGCGGACCAUCAAGUGGCCCUGGCUGAAGGGCAAGUUCUGCCAUCAGGCCGAGCACGAGGUGAGUGCCAGUCCACCGGCCACAGCCGGAACUGUAGCCGUAGCCGGAUUAGGAACCGGAACUGGAAUCGGGCAGGUUUCUAAUUUUCAUCCGGCUAUACCGGCGCUGACUCUCACACCCGCAGAACCCGAGGAACGACCCCGACUUGCCAAUGGCGUGCUUCACUAAGGUGGAGAGGGGCCAUCAGAAGCACAACCACAACCACAUUACCACCACCUCGGGCCUGGGACGAUCGAGUAGCAUUUAGCACAGGGCCAAGAGCCAACGAAACCGCCAACACCGUCAGCACCACCAUAAUCACCAACAACUCCAUUGCCACCACCUCCACCCGUCCGCCAUUCGAGAUCCGAAGCGAA